CCCAGGCCCCUCGCUCCGUGGCUCGUCUUUCUCCUCGCCCGAGCGCCGCCACCCCUCCGUCCCCAUCCCGACUGCCUAGCGCCCCACCCCCCUAGCUCGUCUUCCUCCUCGCGCGAGCGCCUCCACCUCAGAUUAGGUUUUAAAAUGGAUGAAAUAAAAUUCUUUGUUCGACGGAUAUAGCAUGGCCUACCUGAGAAGGAAGUGUUCCUGUGCAAGGAGAAAAUCCCCUUUCUUUGCGCCUUUUGGUUUAUCGGUCUCUUUUACAGAUGCAGGGACAGAGACGUUAAACAUUUUAGUUGGAACAAAGUCUUCUUUCUGCAGUUGAAGGGUUUGUUCCUUUGGUGUUAACUAUUUGAACACAAUACAGAUUUAGGCUUUUGGUCUGCCUGACUGAUCUCAAAUAAUGGCGGAGCACUUGGCUUCAAUAUUUGGUACGGAGAAAGAUAGGGUGAACUGUCCAUUUUACUUCAAGAUUGGAGCUUGCCGUCAUGGGGAUCGCUGCUCUCGAAUCCAUAACAGGCCAACCAUAUCACCGACAAUUGUGCUUAUGAAUAUGUAUCAGCGCCCUGAUAUGAUUACUCCUGGGGUUGAUGCUCAAGGCCAGCCAAUUGAUCCCCGCAAGAUGCAGGAGCAUUUUGAAGAUUUCUAUGAGGAUAUCUUUGAGGAACUGAGCAAGUUUGGCGAGAUCGAGACCCUCAACGUCUGUGAUAACCUUUCUGAUCACAUGAUCGGCAAUGUUUAUGUCCAGUUCAGGGAGGAAGAUCAGGCUGCAGCAGCUCAUACAGCCCUUCAGGGUCGAUUUUACUCUGGCCGUCUAAUAAUUGUUGACUUCUCCCCUGUGACUGACUUCCGUGAAGCGACCUGCAGGCAGUAUGAGGAGAAUACCUGCACUCGUGGCGGACACUGCAAUUUCAUGCAUGUGAAACAGAUAGGUAAGGAUCUCAGGAAAAAACUCUUUGGGCGUUACAGAAGGUCGCACCGAGGAAGGAGCCGCAGCCCAAGCCCACACCACAGGAGAGAGCGUCGUGACCGUGAUGACUAUCGAGGCCGUGAUGAUUACCGCCGUGGUGGUGGUGGUGGUGGCGGUGGACGGAGGGGUGGGAGCAGCAGGAACGAAAGGCAUGAUGAUGGAGGAAGGCGUAGGUACGGGGGCAGCCCCCCAAGGCGGGCAAGAAGCCCUGUCAGGGAGAACAGCGAAGAGCGUAGAGCCAAGAUCGAACAGUGGAAUCGUGAAAAGGAGGCGAAGUAAGGGGUGACCAUUAUCGUCUGCGUGUUUGUUCGCUUUGUCAUUCUAUAUAUGGACUUCGCUCUCUAGUGGGUACUAUGUUUAAUUUGCCUCUAUUCUGUAACUGUCUCUAUUUGGUCGCCAGAUGUUGAAAUUGUCAUUGUUGUGCUGCUGGAAACCUUUUGUCAGGCAUAUAUUUUGGUAUUGUAGUCAUUUGAAAACUUAUGCUUCUAUGCUGAAUACGGAGUAGUCAGAAUUGCUUGCCAUGAUUCUGACGCUGGUUGUAUCAACUUUGUGGCCUAUUACUGUUACUCCUUCCGUCUCAUAUUAA